CCGGUGACGUGCCUGGCCGAAGCCGCGAUAGGGCGCUGUUGAUGCCAGAGCCGCUGUCAUGGCGUCGGAGGCGCUGGCUGAGGAGAGCCUGCCGCGGUCUCUAUAGAGCGAGGCGGGAGGCCCGGUAUGGAGAGCACCCCCGAGAGCCUGCAGCCGCUAGAACACGGGGUGGCGGCCGGGCCAGCGCCGGGGACGGAUUCCUCGCAGGAAGGGCGACAGGAGAGCAGGCUCGCUGCUGGGGACGGUCCUGAGGUCUGGGCGGCGAAGAGCGGCGGCAGGAAUGGGCAGGGGGCGGCGGCCGCCGGGAGGAGCCUCCCGGACUCGGCUUCUCCCGCGGGCUCGCCUCAGCUACCCGGACCUUGCGGCUCCCUCCCGGGCGUGGACUUGGAGGAGAGCGCUUUGGAGAGCCCUGCCGCCGCCGAGGCACCUCUGAGAGGGCAGCACAAGGUGACCGCCCCCCCAGAGACAGCCGAGGCCGGAACGGGUCAUGGGCCGGGGCCGGCCGAAGACGCGCGAGCUCGCGCGGACCCCGCCGGCACCUGCCGGGCAGAGCUGGCGGCGGCCGGCUCCGAGGAGCCCAGCAGCGCCGGCGGCGUCAGCAGCAGCUGCAGCGACCCGAGCCCUCCUGGGGAGUCGCCGAGCCUGGACUCCCUGGAGUCGUUCUCCAACCUGCAUUCUUUCCCCAGUAGCUCCGAGUUCAACAGUGAGGAGGGAGCUGAGAACAGGGUCCCCGAGGACGAGGAGGGCGCGGCGGCGCUGCCCGGCGCUGUCCCCCUGUGCAGGGAGGAGGAGGAGGAGGAGAGCGCUCAGGUGCUGGCGGCCUCCAAGGAACGCUUCCCGGGACAAUCUGUGUAUCACAUCAAGUGGAUCCAAUGGAAGGAAGAGAACACACCCAUCAUCACCCAGAAUGAGAAUGGACCCUGCCCUUUGCUGGCCAUUCUCAAUGUUUUACUCCUGGCCUGGAAGGUGAAACUUCCACCAAUGAUGGAAAUCAUAACUGCUGAGCAACUAAUGGAAUAUUUAGGAGAUUACAUGCUUGAUGCAAAGCCAAAAGAAAUUUCAGAAAUUCAACGUUUAAAUUAUGAACAGAAUAUGAGUGAUGCUAUGGCAAUUUUACACAAGCUACAGACAGGCCUGGAUGUAAAUGUAAGAUUCACUGGUGUUCGAGUGUUUGAAUAUACACCAGAAUGCAUAGUAUUUGAUCUUCUUGAUAUUCCUUUGUACCAUGGGUGGUUAGUAGACCCUCAGAUUGAUGACAUUGUAAAAGCUGUUGGUAACUGCAGCUACAACCAACUAGUGGAGAAGAUCAUCUCUUGUAAGCAGUCAGACAAUAGUGAGCUGGUUAGUGAAGGCUUUGUAGCUGAGCAGUUUCUAAAUAACACAGCCACUCAACUGACAUACCAUGGAUUAUGUGAACUAACUUCAACGGUUCAGGAAGGAGAACUUUGUGUGUUCUUUCGGAAUAAUCAUUUUAGCACCAUGACCAAAUACAAGGGUCAGCUGUAUUUAUUGGUAACGGACCAGGGGUUUCUUACUGAAGAAAAAGUUGUUUGGGAAAGCCUACACAAUGUAGAUGGUGAUGGAAAUUUCUGUGACUCAGAAUUUCAUCUGCGGCCUCCUUCAGAUCCUGAAACUGUAUACAAAGGACAACAAGAUCAGAUAGAUCAGGACUAUCUUAUGGCAUUAUCUCUACAACAAGAACAGCAGAGCCAAGAGAUCAAUUGGGAACAAAUCCCAGAAGGAAUCAGUGAUUUGGAACUAGCAAAGAAACUCCAGGAGGAAGAGGAUAGACGAGCUUCUCAAUACUAUCAGGAACAGGAACAAGCAGCAGCAGCUGCUGCUUCUACUUCUACGCUGGCUCAGCAAAGCCAGCCAGCACAAGCCUCUCCAUCAAGUGGAAGACAAUCUGGGAAUAAUGAACGUAAACGAAAGGAAACUCGAGAAAAAGAUAAAGAAAAGGAAAAAGAAAAAAAUAGCUGCGUCAUUUUGUAACAAGUGCUGGAUUCUUGGAACCAUCUAUAUGUCUUGAGAAACAAAACCACAGAAGGAAAGGAAGAAAAACCGAUAUAUACCGUCUGUGCCUGAUUUCCCAAUGGAUUUUGUUCAUGUUUUUCAGGGGAAAGGUUGUUACUUAGUUACAAUCAGACUUUUUCAAGUCUCACAAUACACUCUUUAUGAGCUGGAGUUUCAUGUUACAAGUUGGAAAUGCUGUGUGUUGUCAUUCAUGAAAAAUACUGCACUUGUAGCCAAAUAAGCAAAUCACAGCAAAUUUUGUGUCAUAGUGACAUUCAUAACUCAUAUCAGUUAGUAAGCUAUUUUAUCAUCUAUUCUAACAAUGAAUGGAGGUAACUGAUUUAGUCUGAUUCCUUCCUGAAACCUAAAGAUUAGCACAAUAGUUUCUGAAAUUUUUACAAUGUUAAAUUAUUAUCUAAUCCAUGAGAAACCAGGGGUUUAAUAUAGGGAUUUAAAAAGCAAAAACAAACACAUAAUUUUAAAAAAGACAAAAAAUAGCAGGAACAAAUAACCUUUAAUUGUAUAUUGAACUAGUUCAGCCCUUGAACAGCUUUACCUUUCUUUAGGAAUGUACAUUUUAGAUAUUAACUUGAGAACUGAUUAUGGAGCUUGGAUUUAAUUUAGGUAGAAAAAAAUUAAGAUUUGUAUUUCUUUUUCCAUAGCCAAAAAUUAUGUAACACUAAUACUUAUAACCUAUCAAAAUCAGAUAUUAAUGACUUUGUAGUGUUGUAAAAUUUUGAGAAAUUUUGAAAUCUUUAAUAUAGGUAUCCUGGACCACAGUUACUUUUAAAAAAAUUUUUAAACCAGGUCUCACUCUGUCAGCCAGGCU